AUUUCUGUACUUUCAAAAUUUUGUUUCCAUUAACAAGGCGUACACUCGCAACUUACCGAAACCCUACGGCUCAUACCAGUCGCCGGCGACGCCGUUCUUCCAUCAUCCAACACCAUCCAGCUCCGGCGAUUCUCCGGAACAAUGGCUGGAAAAGCUAUGAAAUCAGUAGCAAAAGCGGUUGGAGAAAAUCAAUAUCAAUGGCAAGAGAAGUUGGCAAAAUACAAAGACGAGCUUUCCAAGGGAGUUUGGGGUUACUGGGAACUUGGGGCAUGGAAACCACUGGGCAUCAGUGCUCGCCAUCGAGCUCGCCUACGUAAGGAAGUUCUCCUUGCUGGACAAGAUUGGCCAUACGAUCCAGAAAGGAAGGAAAUGAGAACCAAGCAGAAAGGACAUAAGUGUGACAGAAUAUCAGCAGAAAAGCGGGAGAAAACGGCUGAACUGAUGCAGAAAAUGCCAGAUAUGUUAGCUGAUUAUAGGAAGAGAAGAUGGGAGAGAAAGAUGAAAGCAGAAGAAGAUGCUGCUAGAAGAGCAGUGCAAGAGUAGUUUUUUACUUAACAAUGUAUGAUGUGAUAAUUGACAUGGGAUGUUCAAAGAGUUUCAGUCAUUUGCAGUAUCAAAUAAUUUUGAGCAUUAUGUCCUUUUGUGUAACUUUCCUUAAUUUGGAUAUUUGAAAACUUGCUCGGCUUUUGUGUAUUUUUUUUUUUGAUAAGGUAAAACUGGCUCUGUUUUGUUA